UCUUUUUCACUUAAUGAAUUCUGGAACAACCAGGGUCUUGAAUCAGAGCAAGAUUCUAGUUCAUCAGAGGAUGAUAUUUAUUUACAUUCUGAUAACAGUGAUAGCAAUAUAUCAAUUGAUCAGUCACAGUCCACUGCUGGUCAGGAAGAGUCCUUAAAAAUGCUUUUUAUUUCUCUUCUUAUUCACUAUAUAAAUUAUGUUCAUCCUUUCAGAUGUGGUCUUAUAGUACAUGAAAACUGCUAUGUUACUGAUAAUUUUGAAGACUGUGCUAGCAAGCCAUGGUUUUGUGAACCAUGCCUUUAUGGUCUCAAAGAACCGCCCUUUUGUGAGUUGUGUCCUAGUCGAUAUGGGGCUUUCAAAAAAUCUGAUAUCGGAGGUGGUUGGGUACAUCUGUUGUGUGCCUUGUAUACACCUGAUAUUACGUUUGGUGAAGUAAAUUCUUUAACUGCUGUUAGUUGGCAAGAGAUGGAUUAUAGGUUAUUCGGGAAAAGGACAUGUGUGGCAUGUACCGAUCCCGUUAUGGCUCGCAUAGGUGUUGCAGUAGCUUGCGAAGCAGCCCUUUGUAAAAAUUAUCUCCAUGUUACGUGUGCCCAAAGGCUUGGUUUACUCGUUGAUAAUUGGGAAAACUCACAGCAAAACACUAAAAAUGGAAAUGAUGCGGAAAUGGUUGAUCCACAUUUUCUUACAUGCAGAAAACAUUCUGUUGAAGAAAUCGCUCGACAAAAAAGAGCAGCAAUCUGGAUUGUUUUGCAGCAUGAUUAUAAGCGAACUCGACUUAUGCAUACAAGUUCAAAAUUUUCUGAAUUGUUCUGUAACAAAGCUGAAUCCAUCGGGAUCGGUCGGAAGAAGUUCAUGGAUAGUUUUUCUCAACUCAGAGAAGAAAAUUUUUCAUUCAUGCCGCCGGGCUUUUCGACCGAGUUUAUUAGUUAUUUCAAAUUACGAGAAGAAAAGAUUCUUCCAUUUGAAUCAAAAAAAGUGGAGGAGCUGGAAUUUCUCAAUAAGCAGUUGCGUGAUAAGCAGCAUCGUUUAGAAAUGGAAUUGGAUAAGUCAACAAAUCAGCAUUUUUUAAUAAUGUGUGAUACGUGUAAAAAGCAUUAUCAUUUGGAUUGUCUCGAUCCUCCGUUGGCUAAAAUGCCGAAAAAGACGGCAAAAUUUGGGUGGGAAUGUUCCCAUUGUCAUAAUUCCAGUGAUUCUGAUGAGCAAGGCAGUGAACUGCUGGUAAGAGAUAUAUUUCUACACUUUUAA